CGUUACCUCGUGGAGGAUCAGAGGUGAUGACACGCGCGUCACCCAGUCCCGCUGCAGGUCUCGCGCCGGAGACACGAUGACAGCGUGCCGGAUCAUCUUGCACCUCUCUCCGUGAAGGAUAGUCACUGAGCUUCUCACGCUGGAUUGUAGAGGUCACCAAUGGGGAACUCCUAUGCUGGCCAGCUGCGGACCACUCGCUUUGAGGAGGUCCUUCAUAACUCCAUUGAGGCAUCACUGAGGUCCAACACUGUUGUGCCCCGACCUGUUUUCUCACAGCUAUACCUGGAGACAGAGCAGCCAUUGGUGCAUGAUGGUGGGUUGCUUGGAUUCAGAGGCGAAGGCCGUCCAGAGAAUGAUGAUGAAGAUGAUGAAGAGGGCUCAGAGUCUAACAGCCCCCCAAUACCCUAUCAGAUGAAGCCCCCACCUGAAGGAUGCUGCACCACAGAUGGCUUCUGUCAGGCAGGCAAGGACCUGCGUUUGUCCUCGCUGGCAUCAGAUCCCUUGGAUGUGCCCCCCGGGUACAUGUUGGUGGGGGUGAAGUCCCCCUCCCUCCCUGAGAGCCUGUUGGUGUGUGCCGUGGACCGUCGCUUUCUUCCGGACGAACGGGGUCACAAUGCACUGCUGGGCUUCUCGGGGAACUGCAUGGGCUGUGGAGAGAAAGGCUUUCGGUAUUUCACAGAGUUCUCCAACCACAUCAACCUUAAGCUCAGCACCCAACCCAAGAAACAGAAGCACUUGAAAUACCAUCUGUACAGGAACAGCCAGGGAGUGCUGGUUAAAGGAGCUCCCAUCUGCUGGAGGGGACACGAUGGCAGGAUGAGACAGAUGGGUUGCAGCAUCUCAGAAGGCCAUGUGACGUCAGAUGAACAGCCACCAAACAUGGCGCCGACUCACACGACACACACACCUGGCAGCUACACAGUUGGAUCACAUGUGGACCCAGUUGGUCUAACACAAAUAGGUGACGUCUCCCACUCACUGACAAAUGGCAACCAUGCUGUUCCUUCCAUCGCUCAGCCACCUUUGACUCAGUCAGGGCCUGGGAGACCCUCAGCUCCAGGGCCCCAUACAAAUGCUGGACCUCCAAAAAAGAGGCACAAAGGCUGGUCGCCUGAGUCAUCUGCCAACAGCCUGCCAGAGAGCACUGUGAAGACACCACCGUCUUCAUCAGCCUUAUCAACACUGACUGUGUCCUCUGUCAUCACAAAUGGAGCCAGAUCAGAGACCGCAGCCCCACUGAGUUCAUCACAGGGGUCCUUAACCCCACUUUCUCCCCCAGGGCUGUCUGUUACAAUCCCCGAUCAGCUGCUACACACCUGCAGACUCCAACCUGUAAUCUUUAAAGGUCAUGGCCCACUCCCUCAGCUGACUGGCAAUGUCAGUGAAGUGCUCAUCAGUUCUCUGCUCCAGAGUUGUUAUCUGAGCUCCCAGACACUCCCCAGAGUCUAUCAGCACUAUGGACCAUCACCCAUUCAGCCACUAUCAACUGAGAUGCAGAUUCUACUCACAGUCUACUACCUUGUUCAGCUAGGCCCUGACCAGGUGCCCCUGAUAGAGGACUUGGAGCAGAUAUUCAUGAGGUCAUGGAGGGAGUCCCACCUCAGCGAGAUCAGACAGUUCCAGCAGCCUCAAACACCAGCCGCCCAAGGCAGGCACUAUGGCAUAGAGAUGCCAUCUGCCCUGCCUGGGCUCCCCCAGCAUCUCUCCUUACCUCCCCAGAGCCAGCAACCCCUGACCCCCAGCCAGCUUCCUUGGCUCGCCCAGCUGGCUGCGUCAUCCUGUGGAGAGGGUGUGGUGGUAUUGGGGGAGCAGAUCAGAUCUUUGGCUCAAGGCAUCCAGCAAACUUUUUCUAGGUUAAUGGAAGGACAGCUUGAAAACACCAACUACGUGGUCAUUAUUGUCACUGCACCAGGACAGGAAACACAGUCCUGUGUGGUAGUCACAGGUAAACACCAGUGUCGUGCCUUGGCAGAAGGUAUGUAUUCUCCCAGUGAGGGUCUGAAAGAGAUCAACCAGCAACUCUCCACUGGUGUUGCCCAAGAACUCAUACACUACUGCAAUUCCCUCGGACAAGACGGUGAUUUGGAUUCCUUGCUGGAUAGUGCCACUGUGGACAACAACGAUCCAUCUCCCUUAUCCAGUAGUCAAUCAGGAGAAGAGAGGAGUCUUAAAACCACAAACAGUCCAAAGGAUUCACACACACAGUGUUCAAAAGACUCACCCAGCACUAAAGAGAGAGCCUCAAGUCCCAAAGACAUCUGUUCAGAAUACUCCAUCGAGUGGCGUGAGGUUCGGCCCAUCCAGCUGGCAGUGGCCAGAAAGCUGCUGUCUCAUGUUUGUGCAAUAGCAGACUCCAGCACACAGAACCUGGACCUUGGCUCCUUCGACAGGGUCAGCUUCCUCAUCCUUGUCCCACCCUCUGAGGUCACAUUUCAGCAGACCGUUCUCCACCUCUGGAGCUCUGGUGUCCUCGGGGGUUUAGACCCAGAGUGUUUGUCUCAACGGGAGGCAGAGCGUUAUGUGGUCAAGAUGGAUCAGAGUGCUCAGGCACGGAUUGACAGCCUGAUCCGCGAAGCACACAGCAACUGCUACACACUGUACAUCCUGGUCCAUGACCACGCACACUGGGACAUUGCCAGUGCGUCCUGCAGUAGCUCAGACAGUGGUUUGGGUCUGGUGGACCAGUUGUUAAACUCCCGACAGGUCAGAGAUGCUCCAAACAUCCUAAUCCUCCACGUCACCUCCUUCCCUUUCGCUCUGCAGACACAGUAUACCCGCAUCAGCCCUUACAACGAGAUCCACUGGCCCUCUGCAUUCAGUAAUGAUGUGGAUCUGUACCACGAGAGGACGCGGUACUUUGGUGUGUCAGAGCUUUUAGAGUCGACCCGUUCAGGGAGCAGCCUGCCUCUGAUGCGCUAUGAUUCUUCUUUUGAAAGCAUGGCAUCUGCCCUGGAAGAAAGGUUCCCUAAAUUGCACAGUGCUGUGAUCCGGACUACAGUUUUGGUCCAACACUACUGUGUAGCUCUGAUGGCUGCAUCCGGCAGAGUUGGAGGCUCCCACAAUCUCCACAAACACACCUCUGUGGAGACCCUGGAGAUUGUGCAGUCACUGCUCACUGCUGCCCAGCAAUGUCCCGCCCACCACGGUCACAUGGUCCUGGUGCGGAUCCCGUCUUUGGCUCUGGCAGCAUGGGCCCACCGACGGCUGUCCAGAGUUAGGAGGCAGCUGGGUCUGGAAGAGAGUUUUGAAAUCAUACUGGGGAACCCGAACCAAGUUCUGAAUAUUGGACAGAAUUUCACUGAUCAGAUCAAGACAUGGCUGAAGAUCCAGGAUGCUGACUGGGUUCCUCAGACCUACCUGGAGCUGGAGGCCCUUCCCUGCAUCCUGAUCCUGUCCGGGGCUGAGCCACAGGGAGAAUCACUGCCCCGGUCACUGAAGUAUUGUGAUCUUAGAGUGAUAAGCUGUUCCUACCUUCAGCGAACCACACUGGAACAAGAGCUCGGGCUGGCUGCUUACCUAGUGAGGUCAGAGUCACGACCCCCACACAACCCCGGGCCAGGAAGUGACCUGCUGGAGAGCGAUGCAGAAAAACUGAGCAGUACUGACAAUGAAGAGGAAGAGGGACCGGAGAACGGGGACUCCCCUCUGUCAUCCAGCCAGCAGCUCCAGUCAUGCUCAGACAGUGGAGCUUUAGAUCCCUUCCCUUCCCAGAGCACCACCUCUCCAAAUGACCAGAAAGGAACCAUGGACACCAUACAGUCUCCCUCACGAUCACAAACUCAACUUCAGCCCCAGCCCCCUUCGCAAGCUUUUCCAUACCCUCAAUCUACAAUACACCACCAAACGCAACCUCAAGUGCAGAGUUAUUCCCAGUCCCAGCUGAUCUCCCAGCUGCAGCCACAACCCCAAACUCAGAGUCAGAAUCCACCAUUAUCUCAAACAAAUUCCCACCCUCAACCUCAAGUGCUUCCCCCUGCCCAGUCUCGUCGCCAGCACUCAAAAUCCACUUCCUCUGGCUCCAUGUCCCCGCGAGCCUCCUCUCCUCAUCUGAGCUGCUCCUGGGCGCGGGGAGUGAGCCGGCCGCCUUCUGUGCUGCUUCCUCGGGCCCUCUACGAUAUUAUCACAGCCAGUGACAGCAGCGGGCUUCCACGCUGUACUUCAUUUCUGCCACACAUAUCUGUCGCAUGGGCAAGCAGCUUCAGGCCCUUGCUGAGUAAGAUGAUGACAUGUACAGAACAGUCACUGUACUAUCGCCAGUGGACAGUCCCACGCUCCUACCACAUGGACAGCAGCAAUCGCACUGAAGGUCGAAGUGACAACUUUCACCCUCGCAGGCUGCUGCUCAGUGGACCCCCGCAGGUGGGUAAGACAGGAGCAUACUUACACUUCCUGGGUAUUCUGUCUCGAAUGCUGAUCAGGCUGAUGGAGGUGGAUAUCUACGAUGAAGAAGAUGUCAACCACAGUGCCCAGGUGGAGGGGGUGCAGUACCAUCCACCCAGCGCCUCUUGGCCAAACCCAGACAUUAUGAAGACGAUGCCCUUUGACUACACCAUCCAUGACCCCAAAUAUGAUGACAUCAGCUCUGUCUACAGCCCUGGAUAUAAACCCAGCACUGAGGGAAACCCUGUGCGCCAGGAGGAAGUCUACAUACGCAGAAGGACAUCUAGAAUCAAACUGUCUAAAUAUGCAGCCUAUAACACCUACCAUCACUGCGAGCAGUGUCAUCAGUACUUGGGUUUCAACCCCAGAUACCAGAUGUAUGAGUCAACUCUGCAUGCCUUCACAUUCACACAUCUCCUGCUGGGAGAAGAGAUCCAACUCUACUUUAUCAUCCCUAAGUCUAAAGAGCACUACUUUAGCUUCAGCCAACCAGGGGGCCAGCUGGAGAGCAUGCGGCUUCCUCUCACCUCUGAUUGGAGCCCAGACUGCAUCAAGAGCCCAAUCUUCACCCCAACCACCGGCCGUCAUGAGCAUGGUCUGUUUAACCUGUACCAUGCUAUGGAUGGAGCCUCACAUCUACAUAUCCUGGUGGUCAAAGAGUAUGAGAUGGCCGUGUAUAAGAAGUAUUGGCCCAACCACAUCAUGCUGGUACUGCCCACGGUCUUCAAUGGAGCUGGAAUAGGUGCUGCUCACUUCCUGAUUAAAGAGCUUUCCUAUCAUAACUUGGAGCUGGAGCGCAGUCGGCGUCUGGAGGGAGGGGGCCCAGCAGGUGAUGUCUGGCCCUUCAUCAUCUUGGCUGAUGACUCCUGCGUCAUGUGGAACGCAGUUGACCUGGACGCACGCAAUGGCCCAGUGGAGCAUGCAGUGUCACUGAAGCAGGUCUUACAACACAUGGAGGCCUGUCCAGACCUGGCUCACUACGGUCUCUGUGGCAUCAGGAAGUGGAGCAGCCGGGGACUCACAGGUAAUAAACACAGAGAGUCCUUCUCUAGAGGUCACCUGCAUGACUUCCUCCUGCUCAAUGUUGACCGGAGUCAGAACGUCCAGUACGACCAGAACCGCUUCACCUGUCACGAUGUGGACUUCACCUUGAGGCUGCACAGUGCCGGACUGCUCGUCUGCCGGUUUAACAGCUUCAGUGUCAUGAAGAAGCAGAUCGCCAUAGGAGGAUACAGGACAUUUAUUAUCAAGACCAAGAUGACAGACGUUCCCACCUCAGUGGGGCCCUCGCAGUACGUCUGUGCCCCAGACAGCAAGCACCUUUUCUUGGCUACACCAGCUCAGCUCCUCCUGGAAAAAUACCUCCAACACACCAGCCAGAAGCUGUUUCCACUCAGCAACAAGAACUAUACACACCCUGUACUGUCUGUGGACUGCUAUCUCAACUUGGGACCUGAGGUGACGGUGUGUUUUGUGAGUUCCAGACCUCACUCUGUCAACAUCAGCACCACAGGACUGCUGUUCAGCGGUUUGCUCCUCUGUUUCGCUGACUCUUUCGUAACUCCUGGGUUCCUCAAGAAGUUCUCUUUCCUCAAAGGUGCGACUCUGUGUGUCAUCAGUGCAGAUCGUAGCUCCUUGAGGCAGACGGUGGGCAGGCUGGAGCUCGAGGAAGAGUGGAGGUUCAGGCUCAGCGACGAAUUCCAGACUGCAAACGCCAAGGAGGACCGGCCACUCUUCUUUCUGACUGGGAAACACAUAUGACUGAAAUGCAUGUAGGCAGAGAGCUACAAAGAGUGACAGUCAGGGCUGAAAUCCCUUUAAUUGCCUAAGAGAAGAACUGUGCCAGUGUCUCAACAACAAAGGGUCUGAAUGGACAAUGCAAGACAUGCAAAAGAUAGCAGACAGUUAUGCAUAUUACACAGACCUCUAAGACCCACUGAAAACUUUGUGGAUGGAAUAUGACAAAUUACAUACAUUACAUAUAACUUCAUUUGCACACACAAACGCACACAAGGAUUUGGAGUUAAGGUCUAGACUGCCAACAUCAAGAUGUACACUUUUAAUCUGGGCAAGACUGUUACCUCCGAAAAUAGAAAUGUGUUAUGGCCAAGGAAACAAGAGGAAAUAAUUUGCAAAAUAUAUUUUUUAUGUGACCUUUAUUGAGUCAUGGUUGUCCAUGGUUGUGAGUUACCAGAUGAUUGUUGACAAAAUAAGGGGAUUUUUCUGGAGGCUUUUUCUGGGCACGAAAUGGUAUUGUUUACAUGUCCCACUCCAUAAGUUACUUUUUAAGAGUAUAUUUCAUCCUCGAGAACUUUUUAUAAACACCUUCAUGUAUACAUACAGCAUCUUGAUGCACAGUUUAUUUAAAGGUCAAAGAUGAAAUAGUAAUAACUUUCAUAAGACUCAGUAAGUGUAGGUGCUGCUUUUUCUGUUUGCACAUGUAGCUGACUAUCUUCACAGUUCCUUGUAGGUGUAUACAAUAUAAGAAGCUUUAAAAAAGGGUGGACACACUCGUUUGUGUGCAGUGGUAGCCGAUGUUUGGCAACAAGCAUUUUAUUGGGCAAUCUUAGAGGUAGGGGUUUGUUUUGCAUGUCUGUUUUUACACAUGGAAUAUUUUGAAUAUAUUUUGUCAGAUUUGCAGUAUGUAAAAAAGUACUUAAUAGGUAAGUGUACAAGUAUUCUGUUUGUUUUACUUAAUUCUUCACAGACUGCAUGAUGAUUUUAUUUGUAAAUGCUGAAGAAACACAAAUCCAAUGUGUGCUGGCAGUAUUUGUAACUGUAAUUGUAUAAAUGUACAGACACUUUAAAAUUCAUUAGGGUGUAGUGUGUAUGUCCCUUGUGUCUUUCAAACACAAGCUUUUCACUGUCAAGGUCACAGAUAAUACACAGAUAAAUGGUUCAAAUACUUUGGACUUUGGAGGUUUGCAGGAUGGAUUUCACAAAUUUGUCUGUUUGCACACUUGCUGUAACGAUCUGUCACCAAAAAUUGCAAACAGGCCAGAAACAACUGAGAGUUACGCGAAAUAUUUUUAUGGCUGUUAGGGACCAAUCUUACUAGAAUAGCUUGUACUUGUCUAACUUGAAUUUCCAUAUUCUCUGGAUUACCAGAACUACUUGAAUAAAGAAUUAACUUGAAUCUACACAAUAAAAAGCCUGCUGAGUUGAAACAGAUCUAAGUUCACAAAAGAUAUGUCAUCCCCAUGUGGCAGAGCUGCUGUUUGGGAGAUAUUUGAGUCUGUAAACAGAGCAGACUUGCUUUUAGCUUAAACAUCACAAGCAGAGAGAGUCAAGUGGCAGACUUUACCCUUAAAUACCAGGCCAUGCUGCUGUCCUGAGAUGCUCCCUCUGUCUUCACGUGGACGCUCAGUAUGUCUGUGUGUCAUGCGAGACGUUUCCUCAAGCAAAUGAAUGUUUCAUACACUGUAAAAUCACGAACAGGUGGGACAUACAGUAUAUAGACAAUGUCUCUGUCAGUGUGUUUAAGUAAAACACACACCUCCAGAAAAACUACACUGAUGUGUAAUUUAGAAUGUUGCUGUCACAUGCCAUUAGUUGGCACAAAUCCACAAUGUAUUUAUGUUUUCUGGACUGUAAGUGUGUGGAUGGAUACUGUGGCAUCAGACAGGAAACAGGAGUCUAGCAACUCUGGGCCCUCUCACAUUUCCUCCAAGCAGUCCAUUCCCAGAAAACAUGUGCUGAUAAAUUUAGCUGAAAACACUCACUGCAUGUCAUGCAAACAGCAGCUACUAACUCCGACACUUCCACAGAUUUAGGAGUCAAAGAACUCAUCCAGAACCAUCUUGAAGGCAUGUAGUCAUAAUCAGUAGAGCAGGAUCUUUGGACAAGGUUCAGACAGCAAACAAACAGUUCAAACUCUCCAUCUGUAGAGAAGGUUUGUUGAACUGGGUGUAAGAGAGACAGAUUUUUGAGAAAACUUAGCGGGAAAAAUCAAUAACUAGCGAAUACAGAUUUUUGACAUCAUCAUGGAGGACUAACAA